AUGGAUGAGCACCAUCCUCAGGCGGCGGUUUGGAGUCUCUACCAACCGACCUCUACCAAGGUGGAGUCCGCCAUUGUAGCCAAUCCAUACAAGCCUGAAGCGGGUGACCUGGAGGAAGGCGUCUUUGCAAAGGAUCACCGCCGUGCUGUUGAUCCCGAAGACUUUGCGGAUGGUGGCAAGUUCCGAUCUGUUGUCAAAAUCCUAGCUGCAUUCAACAAUGGUAGCGGUGGAACAGUUUGGAUGAUGGGCUCCGGCUGGCUCAUCAGUCCUGACACUGUUAUCACUGCAGGACACGUUGUCUACGACUGGAAAUAUCGCUACCAGCGUGCAAAAGAGAUCAAAUGCUUCAUUGGAUAUGCUGGGCGUUCUUCGGUUGAUAGCGAGAAGCACGAUGUUCAAGCUCGUCUUGGUGAGCGAGUGAUCACUACCCUGGAGUGGGUUCAGUCGGGCCCACAAAUUAGGACGCAUGAUGUUGCAUUCAUCAAGCUCGACCGUCCGUUCGAGGGUGAUCUCAAUAUGUUCCCUGUCCAAGACCCGACUCCUGUUUCUGGCGAAGUCAGACUCGGCGUUGUAGGAUAUCCUGGAGACAAAGAGCUCCCCGGGUCAAGGGGUGAAGAUGGUGAAGGGGGUGCCUUGAUGUAUCAAGAGUUCGCUCGUACCGAGUACGAUCUCCAAGACAGCACUUUGCAUAUGAUCGAAUACCGAGUCUCAACCUAUGAAGGCCAAUCUGGAGGACCAGUCCUCAAAGUCUUCGAGGACAAGUCAUUGUACGUUGUCAUCGGCACUCAUUGCUAUGGUUUUGGACCUGGCACGAGCAAUUCUGGCACCUCUAUUGGAGGUCGGUACGGAGUUGACUACGACAACUUUAUGGUCCUCUUCGAUUCUCCUUCGUUCCCUCAUGAAGCGGAUCAUGAUAUCAAGAUUCUCAGUGCUGGCGAGAUUACAAAGACGGCCGUCAGCGAAGCCUAG